AGAAGAGGAGGAGGAAGAAGUGGAAGAAGAAGAAGAGGAAGAAGAAGAAGAGUUUUUGGGUCUUGUAUGGGAAGAGGAGAAACGAAGUAGAGUUUCAGGUCGGCGAGUGAAGCAACGCAAAAAUGCCUGUGGGUGGACGGGUCGCAGGGAAAGUUGGGAUUUACAGCUCCCAUUAUAAUGGGAAAGGCUACAGUGGUAUUAACGAAGAGAUCAUGUGGAUCAGCAUCGGAAUGGGGAUCACCAUCGCGGUACUGAUCACCAUCGCGCUGUGCUACAUCGCCCGCGAGAAAUGCCGGAAGAGGCACGAGGGCUACUACGCCUCCUGACGAACGCUUCCGCCACCCUCGUGGGCAUCGUGGUCCUUCUCACCGUCGACGCCCGGCGUCUUUUUCAGCCCGACCACGUCGAGAGGCAAGCCGAGGGCGUACUACAUCACCGUAUAACGCCGAAACCCGGUGACUAAUGGCUCCCCUUUACCUCGAUCGAGCUGACGUUCAACCAAGGAACGAAGGAAUCGACCUUUGUCCCAUUUUUCCACUUCUUCCCCCUCUCUCUCUCUCUCUCUCCUAUCUUGUUUCCCCCUUCCUCUUUUUUGCUAUGUACAUACACGGUGGUUCGCUAAAGUAUUUGAACAAUGUCUCCAGGGAAAUUUGUUUAAUUUUGAAAAUUCUAAAAAAUUUUGAAGGAAAAUUUGUGUGUACGUAUAAUAUAAUAUAGAGGGGAAAUUUUUUUUUUUUUUAGAAAAUCUAUUGAAGGAUGAUCAAAUCAAUCUCCAAAGUUGACCUAUUUUGAUUUGGAAGUUUUUCUUACGAUAAUGGAGCGCUGAAUAAUUUAAAGUU